UGCUCCUGAGAAAAGGGUGCCAGCAAUGCCUGGAUCGCCUGUGGAAGUGAAAAUACAGUCAAGAUCCUCACCUCCCACUAUGCCACCCCUCCCACCAAUAAAUCCCGGAGGACCGAGACCAGUGUCAUUUACUCCAACAGCAUUAAGCAAUGGAAUCAACCAUUCUCCUCCUACCCUAAAUGGUGCCCCAUCUCCACCACAAAGGUUCAGCAAUGGUCCUGCCUCUUCCACGUCAUCUGCACUAACAAAUCAGCAGUUGCCAGCCACUUGUGGCGCUCGGCAGCUCAGCAAGUUGAAGCGCUUUCUCACCACACUCCAGCAGUUUGGCAAUGACAUCUCACCUGAGAUUGGGGAGAAGGUGCGGACUCUUGUUCUAGCACUGGUGAACUCCACAGUGACAAUUGAAGAAUUCCAUUGCAAGCUCCAAGAGGCCACAAACUUUCCUCUUCGUCCUUUUGUGAUUCCAUUCCUCAAGGCCAACCUGCCCCUGCUGCAGCGAGAACUUCUGCACUGUGCUCGCGCUGCCAAGCAAACCCCAUCCCAGUACCUGGCUCAGCACGAACACCUUCUGCUCAACACAAGUAUCGCGUCGCCUGCUGACUCUUCAGAGCUGCUCAUGGAGGUGCAUGGAAACGGGAAGAGGCCCAGUCCUGAGAGGAGAGAAGAGAAUAGUUUUGAAAGAGAUACAAUUCCUCCUGAACCCCCUGCCAAGAGAGUGUGUACCAUCAGCCCCGCUCCCCGACACAGUCCUGCUCUCACUGUGCCCCUCAUGAAUCCUGGGGGCCAGUUCCAUCCCACUCCUCCACCUCUCCAGCACUACACUUUAGAAGACAUUGCAACUUCACACCUGUAUCGUGAGCCCAACAAGAUGCUAGAACAUCGAGAAGUUCGUGACAGACAUCACAAUCUUAGUCUAAAUGGAGGCUAUCAAGAUGAGUUGGUAGAUCACCGUUUGACAGAAAGGGAAUGGGCUGAUGAAUGGAAACAUCUUGAUCAUGCCCUGAAUUGCAUUAUGGAAAUGGUAGAGAAAACACGGCGUUCCAUGGCAGUUCUACGGCGCUGUCAGGAGUCUGAUCGGGAAGAACUCAACUACUGGAAAAGGCGAUACAACGAAAACACAGAAAUGAGGAAAACAGGGAGCGAGUUGGUCUCCAGGCAACACAGCCCUGGGAGCGCAGAUUCUCUUGCCAGUGAAUCCCAACGGGAAUUCAACAGUCGGCCUGGAACAGGAUAUGUACCUGUGGAGUUUUGGAAAAAAACUGAAGAAGCUGUGAAUAAAGUGAAAAUUCAGGCCAUGUCGGAAGUACAGAAAGCUGUUGCUGAGGCUGAGCAAAAAGCCUUCGAAGUGAUUGCAACAGAGAGAGCUCGGAUGGAGCAAACCAUUGCAGACGUGAAACGGCAGGCUGCAGAGGACGCCUUCCUGGUCAUCAAUGAGCAAGAAGAGUCAACGGAGAACUGCUGGAACUGUGGCCGCAAAGCCAGCGAGACGUGCAGCGGCUGCAAUAUAGCACGCUACUGCGGCUCUUUCUGUCAGCACAAGGACUGGGAGCGGCACCACCGCCUCUGUGGCCAGAACCUGCAUGGCCAGAGUCCCCAUAGCCAGAGCCGGCCACUGCUGCCUGGAGGGAGGAGCUCCUCAGCCAGGUCGGCCGACUGCAGCGUGCCAAGCCCAGCCCUGGACAAGACUUCAGCAACCACGUCACGCUCCUCAACUCCUGCCUCUGUGACAGCCAUCGACACCAAUGGGCUCUGAGCCCCAGACCCCCCUUCGCCUGAUGACCAUUCAGCUCAACAAACACUCGUUGCCCCAGGGUGGGGGGUGCAGCGGGCACUGUUUAAACCAGUGAGGUAGGCAGUGGGUCAUCAACAGGCAAUGAACUAAAGGCAGGAAAAGUAUAACUCUGUCCAGCCAUUUGCCCCAGUUCCCUGUCAGCCAUCUGUGUCCUUUGUGGGACUGUAGUGCCAUUCUCUCUGCACACAGGCAGCUGGCUUGAGCCACCUCCCCCAUGACUUUCCAGGUCUGUUCCUCUCCCAGCUAAAGCUGGCAUAUCUGGCUUCUUUUCAGUGUAGACCACCAGCUCCCCUCCCUGCUUCCUUGAAGCAGCAGACUGACUUGUCCAGCUGGGCUGGAGGC